AUGAGGCCCGGAGCCGAGUACCCCAUGGCCCACGGCCCCGCGGCGGCGGCGCCGCGGUCGACGUGGCAGACGCCGGUGCCGUACCUCUUCGGCGGGCUCGCGACGAUGCUGGCCCUCAUCGCGCUCUCGCUCCUCACCCUGGCCUGCUCCUACUGGAAGCUCUCCGGCGGCCUCGCCGGCCCGGACGAGGACCAGCCCGCGGGCUCCGACGGCGAGAAGGGCUCGGCCGCCGAGCCCGCGAGGGAGUGGCUGGGGCACGUCGUGGUCAUCAUGGCCGGCGACGAGCAGCCGAGCUUCCUGGCCACGCCGGCGUCGAUGACGAGCCGUGCCGCCGACGCCGGCGCGGAGACCGCGUGCUGCGCCGCGUGCAGGUCGGAGGAGAGGAAGAUGGCGGAUGCGCGGGAGGCCGGCGCGCAGCCAGCCGGCUCCGAAGACGACGCGCAGAGUCUGAGCCCGAGUGAGCUGCCUAGCAGUAGCACUAGUAGCUCUGUGAUUAGCAGCUAG